AUGGCGGCGUCGGGACUGGCGGGCAGCGACUUCUCGGACCUGCGGGAAAUCAAGAAGCAGCUGCUGAGCGUGGCGGAGCGGAGCCGCGAGCGCGGUCUGCAGCACAGUGGGAAGUGGGCCUCUGAGUUGGCCUUUGCCUUGGACCCGCUGCCGCUGAGUGAGCUGCCGCCGCCCCCAGCGCUCACGGAGGAGGACGCUCGUGAUCUGGAUGCCUAUACACUAGCCAAGUCUUACUUUGAUCUGAAGGAAUAUGACAGGGCUGCCUAUUUUCUGCGGGGCUGCAAGAGUCAGAAGGCUUACUUCUUGUAUAUGUACUCCAGAUACCUGUCAGGGGAAAAGAAGAAGGAUGAUGAGACAGUGGAUAGUUUGGGACCUCUGGAAAAAGGACAGGUGAAAAAUGAAGCUCUACGAGAACUGAGAGUUGAGCUCAGCAAGAAACACAAGGCACGGGAACUGGAUGGAUUUGGCCUUUAUCUGUAUGGUGUUGUGCUGCGAAAGCUGGACCUGGUGAAAGAGGCAAUUGAUGUGUUUGUUGAAGCUGCCCAUGUCUUACCUUUGCACUGGGGAGCCUGGCUAGAACUUUGCAACUUGAUUACAGAUAAAGAGAUGUUGAAGUUCCUGUCCUUGCCAGACACGUGGAUGAAAGAAUUCUUUCUUGCACACAUUUAUACAGAGCUGCAGCUGAUAGAGGAGGCUCUGCAGAAGUAUCAGAGUCUCAUUGAUGCAGGAUUUUCCAAAAGCACUUACAUCAUUUCUCAGAUUGCGGUCGCCUACCACAAUAUCCGAGAUAUUGACAAAGCUUUAUCCAUCUUUAACGAGCUAAGGAAACAAGAUCCAUACAGGAUAGAAAACAUGGACACUUUCUCCAACUUGCUGUAUGUCAGGAGCAUGAAGCCUGAGUUGAGCUACCUGGCUCACAACCUCUGUGAGAUAGACAAGUAUCGUGUUGAGACCUGCUGUGUAAUUGGGAAUUAUUAUAGCUUGCGUUCCCAGCAUGAAAAAGCAGCACUCUAUUUCCAGAGGGCCUUGAAACUGAAUCCUCGUUAUCUGGGAGCCUGGACACUUAUGGGACAUGAGUAUAUGGAAAUGAAGAACACGUCUGCAGCUAUCCAGGCUUAUAGGCAUGCAAUAGAGGUGAACAAAAGGGACUACAGAGCCUGGUAUGGCUUGGGGCAAACCUAUGAAAUCCUCAAGAUGCCAUUUUAUUGUCUCUAUUACUACAGACGGGCUCACCAGCUCAGACCAAAUGAUUCUCGUAUGCUGGUUGCUCUAGGAGAAUGCUAUGAGAAACUCAAUCAGUUGGUGGAAGCUAAAAAGUGCUAUUGGAGAGCUUAUGCUGUGGGAGAUGUGGAGAAAAUGGCACUGGUGAAGCUAGCAAAGCUUCACGAACAGCUGAAUGAAUCUGAACAGGCAGCUCAGUGCUAUAUCAAAUACAUCCAGGAUAUUUAUUCCUGUGGGGAGAUAGUGGAGCACCUGGAGGUCAGCACUGCCUUCCGUUACCUGGCCCAAUACUACUUCAAGUGCAAGCUCUGGGACGAAGCCUCAGCGUGUGCUCAGAAAUGCUGUGCUUUCAAUGAUACUAGAGAAGAAGGAAAGGCCUUGCUGCGGCAGAUCUUACAGCUUCGCAACCAAGGAGAAACAUCAUCCACAGAUGUUGCUGCUCCCUUCUUCCUCCCAGUGUCUUUGUCAGCCAACAACACUCCCACACGUCGUGUCUCCCCUCUAAAUUUGUCUUCUGUAACACCAUGAACAGUGCUGGUACUUCUGACCUGUGCAUUG